GCAGCCCUCGCCAGACACACGACUGCCUCUGACCCCCGACGUGCUGCAGCCAUGACCACUUUCGACGACGUCCUCGAGGAGGCCGGCAAGUUCGGCCGCUGCCAGAAGCGGAUCUUCGCUCUCCUGUGCAUGGUGUCCAUACCCUGGGCUGGCAUUUAUGUGGGCAUCGUCUUUCAGGGCUUCACCCCGGAGCACUGGUGUCGCGAUCCCGCCGUCAGCCAGCAGAGGGAGAGCUGUGGCUGGACUCUGCACAACACACGCAACUAUGCCCCCCUGGUCAACAAGUCGUCGGGCCUGGAGCGCAGCCAGUGCCAGAGGUACGAUCUGGACUGGAACGCCACAGGCCUCAUCUGCGACCACCCCGCACCUCACCUGACUGACGAGCAGCUGAGCACAGUGCCAACCACCACCUGCAAGGACGGCUGGGAGUACGACUAUGAGGGCAGAAGAUCCUUCGUCACAGAGUUUGACCUGGUGUGUGCGGAUGCCUGGCUGGUGGACAUGUACCAGGCUACUCUCAAUGUGGGCUUUCUGGUGGGUAGCAUUGCCAUCGGAUACCUAGCUGACAGAUUUGGCCGGAAAUUAAGCUUUUUGAUGUCCAACCUCUUGAAUGGGAUUGCUGGAAUUCUAGUGGCAGUCGCUCCAAACUACGUGUCUCUGUUAGUGUUCCGGACGCUGUACGGCUUCGGAGUGAAAGGAGGCUGGGUGGCUGGAUAUGUGCUGAUCACAGAGCUGGUUGGUGUGGAGUACCGCAGGACGGUCGGGGUUCUUUACCAGAUGUUCUUCAGUGUGGGCAUUCUAAUCCUCCCCCUCAUUGCUUACUUCAUCACCGACUGGCGCUGGUUACAAGUGGUCAUCACAGUUCCCUACAUCGUCUUCCUGUCCUAUUACUGGUUUAUUCCUGAAUCUCCAAGAUGGCUGCUCUCUCAGAACAAAUCCAGCAGAGCUGUAGAGAUAACAGAGGCAAUGGCCAAAGAGAACAAGAAAACUCUCUCCAAAAACAUUGAGAAUCUCAGGGAUGAUUCUGCAGAGACACCUUCCUCAGCCAGCUUCAUGGACUUAGUCAGGACUCCGAAAAUGAGAAAACACACCUUCAUCCUCUCCUUCAACUGGUUUACAAGUGCUGUGGUGUACCAAGGUCUGAUCAUGCGUCUGGGCAUCCUUGGAGGAGAUGUCUACAUCGACUUCCUCAUUUCCGGCUUGGUGGAGUUCCCGGCAGCAUUCCUGAUCCUCUUCACCAUCGAGCGCAUUGGCCGACGGCUUCCCUUCGCCGCGGCCAACAUCGUUGCAGGAGCUGCUUGUUUCAUCACAGCCUUCAUCCCAGAGAGUAUGUUCUGGGAGAGGACAGUGGUGGCUUGUGUGGGCCGACUGGGUAUCACCAUGGCCUUUGAGAUGGUGGUGUUUGUGAACACGGAGUUGUAUCCUACUUUUGUUAGGAACUUCGGGGUGUCGGUGUGCUCCACACUGUGUGACGUGGGUGGUAUUGUGGCUCCAUUCCUGCUCUACCGAUUGGCUGUAAUCUGGCUAGAACUCCCACUGAUUAUAUUUGGGACAAUUGCAUUUAUUGCUGGGGGUCUGGUCCUACUGCUGCCUGAGACAAGAGGUGUUCCACUUCCUGAAACUAUUGAUGACAUUGAAAACCCUCAGAAACAUAAGGAAAACGCCCUGACGAGUCACCAGCUGGAGAAUCUCAUCCCAUCAGACGUAACAACCCAGAAAGAACCCGUGGAUGUCUGAGUCCAUGGCUCCAGUCAUGUGGUCUGGAAGUGGGACCUAUCUUUCACAUCAUAGGAAAGCCACCACAUCAUAAUUUAUACCUUACAUUUUUACCUGUUUUUGUUUGUUUGAAUUUUUGUAGACUUUGAUUAUUGUGUAAUUUAUUUAAGGUAGUUAUUGUGUGUGCUGUUAGAAUGGCAGUCUCAUACAUUGACUAUCAAUGAUUUUGAAACAUUUAUUAAAAUAGUAAAAUUCUAUUCUGA